AGUCAGAACGAGAUCGUUAGUCCGAGAACCUUAAGCAAUUUCUGCAAAAUCACUUCUAAUUCAAUUUACUUGUGCAAGAUGAAUUUCACAAAAUAUUUCGUACUCUUUGUUGUACUCCUGGCAGUACUGACCACUGGAGCUGAAGCUGGAUUUUUGAAGAAACUUGGAAAGAAACUUGAAAAAGUCGGAAAGAACGUUCACCGUUCAGUGGAGAAGGUACUACCUGCAGCUCAGGGAGUCAUUGGUGUUUUAGGAUCAGCUAAGGCUCUAGGAAAGUAGGAUACAUUACCUACAAACAUCACUGCCAUGAAUUUAUAAUAUUUAUUUAUCAAAAGACAAAAUAAACUAUACUCAACAUUUUUUAAAUGAAAA